GUUUCAGUCUUGCAGUUUUGACAUUGACAUUAGAACUUGGAUCAAUAAGCGGAGAGUUUAUAAACUGAGCGCUAGCAGCCAGAAUCUAGACUUUAUCGAUUUUAAAUUAUUCACUAGAAGAAGCGAGCUGCGUAUUCGUCACCGUGAAAGUUAAACGUAUUAUCAUAUUCUCUCACUCUUCAUCUGCCUAGAUUGAGACCUAAAACGACAUGGCGGCUGAAGCUCUGGUUCCUUUGGAGUCCAAUCCUGAUGUUAUAAAUAAGUUCCUUCAGAAGCAUGGAGUUCCUACUAAAUGGAAUAUUGUCGAUGUUAUGGGUUUGGAGCCUGAAAUGCUCUCUUGGGUUCCAAGUCCAGUAGUCGCAGUUACCCUUUUGUUCCCAAUCUCUGAAGCCUAUGAAGAACACAAAAAUAAAGAGGAAGCUGAGAUUCUAUCCAAAGGUCAAGAAGUCUCCAAUAAUCUAUUUUAUAUGAAACAGAAUAUAAGUAAUGCUUGUGGUACUAUUGCAGUCAUUCAUGCUGUUGCAAAUAAUACAGAUAAGAUAGAGAUUGCUGAUGGUCACUUGAAGACCUUUUUGGAUGCUGCAAAGGAUUUAGAUCCUGCUGCUCGUGGUACUUUGUUUGUCAAUAGUGAUGGCAUUAUUAAUGCACACAAAGAGCUGGCCCAAGAAGGACAAACUCCAGCUAAUCCUGAUGAACCUGUAAACCAUCAUUUUAUAACAUUUGUACACAAGGAUGGAGUAUUAUAUGAACUGGAUGGUCGCAAAGCUUUUCCGAUUAAUCAUGGUCCUACAACUGCGGAAAGUUUCUUAGAAGAUGCAGCUAAAGUCUGCAAGGAGUUUAUGGCUAGAGAUCCAAAAGAAGUUAGAUUCACAGUGAUGGCACUGGCUGCUACCGAGUAAUGUCUUUCGACUUUCAUAUAUUAUCAAUUUUCUUAUUAAUUAAGUUAUUUUUUCUACUUGUGCUUGUAACUGCCAAGCUUUUAGUAUUAAUUUUGUCUAGCAUUUGAAUACCAAAAUUUAUAUGCUGUGCAAGCUUACAUGUGAUAUUAAAACGUGAUUGUACUUUU